GUGGGUCGCCUCUUAUCGACUGCCGCCAUGAACAGCCGCCAGCUUCGCCGGCUUUCAACUACCGCUCGACAUUUUUAUCAACCAAACACGGAAUGUAUUUGCAACCGAAACUACAGUCAAGUUCGACCAGUUUACGUUAUAGAUGGAACUGCACCUUUAUGGCGACGACCAGCGAACCGUUUUUAUGCUCCAGAAUCAAUUGAUAUCAGGCGAUAUUCCUUUGUGCGCAACUUCGAUCCCACGGUUCGAGAAGGCUCUCAUAGGAAUUCUGAUGAUGUACUAUUCGAUAUGUUCAAAAAUGAAGACACUGGUUUACUUCCAGUUGGGAAGUUUUUGGCCGCCCUGAGGACAACGGGGAUAAGGAAAAAUGACCCACGAAUACAAGAAGUGAUGCAAAAUUUAUACAAAGUACACAAACAAUCAAAUUUUGAAGGUGGUUCCCCGGAGACUUUGAAAUUGGACGAAAAAACUUUCAAAGAAGUUAUCGCACCUAAUAUUGUUCUAAUUACAAGAGCAUUUCGAAGCCAGUUUAUUAUUCCUGACUUUCAAGAUUUCGUAAAAGAUAUUGAAGAAAUAUACUGGGCGGCCAAGAGUAAUACAGACGGCAAAGUGGCCAGUUAUAUUCCACAGCUGGCACGAGCAAGCCCGGAAAAUUGGGGUGUCAGCGUCUGCACCACCGACGGCCAAAGAUUCUCUAUCGGAGAUGUUAGUGUCCCGUUUACUCUACAAUCAUGUAGCAAGCCGUUAACGUACGCUAUGGCGCUCGAAACUUUGGGUCCUGAUGUAGUACACAAGUACGUUGGCACAGAGCCCAGCGGGCGUAACUUCAAUGAACUCGUCUUGGAUUACAAUAUGAAACCACACAACCCGAUGAUUAAUGCUGGCGCAAUUCUGGUGUGCGCAUUACUGAAGACGUUGGAUAAACCCGAGAUGACACUCGCCGAAAAGUUCGACUAUGUAAUGUCAUUUUUCAGUCGCCUUGCUGGCAAUGAAGUUGUGGGUUUCAAUAACGCAGUAUUUUUGUCUGAACGAGAGGCCGCAGAUCGAAACUAUGCGCUCGGAUUUUACAUGCGAGAAUACAAAUGCUAUCCUGAAAAGACGAACCUACGAGAAUGUAUGGAUUUCUAUUUCCAGUGCUGUUCUAUGGAAGCCAAUUGUGAAAUUAUGUCAAUUAUGGCUGCAACAUUAGCUAAUGGAGGAAUUUGCCCAAUCACUGACGAAAAAGUGCUUCGACCAGACUCAGUGCGGAACGUCUUGUCACUGAUGCAUAGCUGUGGGAUGUACGAUUAUUCUGGACAAUUCGCUUUUAAAGUGGGUCUGCCCGCAAAGUCUGGGGUCUCUGGAGCCAUGCUUAUUGUGGUGCCUAACGUGAUGGGAAUCUGUACUUGGUCUCCUCCCCUAGAUCCACUAGGCAACAGUUGCAGAGGACUACAGUUUUGUGAUGAACUUGUCGCGCGUUUUAAUUUCCACAAGUACGACAAUAUUCGAUAUGCUAGCCACAAGAAGGACCCGCGGCGUCACAAAUUUGAGUCUACGGGACUUAACAUUGUCAAUCUUCUAUUCUCAGCGGCCAGUGGGGAUCUCAGUGCCCUGAGAAGGCAUCACCUCUCUGGAAUGGACAUGACAAUGUCAGAUUACGACGGCCGUACAGCUUUACAUUUGGCUGCGGCAGAAGGUCAUCUUCCGUGUGUUGAUUUCCUUCUGGCUCAGUGUGGCGUGCCUCACGAUCCACGUGACCGUUGGGGCAGCCGCCCACUUAAUGAGGCGGAAACAUUCGGCCACACCGCUGUAGUACAGUACCUCAAGGAAUGGGAACGAACACACCCCGAAAAACCAAAAGCAGAUGUGACUGCCUGCAAAGUUGACGAUAUCCUAGAAGGACAUCCUGCCCCCGUAGACGCGGUCAAAGAUCCAAGCAUUCAAGAGAUCGUCACCAGAAAUGGUGACAAAACGAAAUAAAUUUCGGAAUCAUCUCAAUGGAGAAAACAAUAUGUAUUAAUACGAUCUCAAAAACUAUGCCUACAUGAUAUCGACAGUGGAUAUUUAAUUAAACAUUUGGAGAGUUCUAUAACUUUGUAGGAACUUUAAAAGUUAACUAAUUUUUCUGAUCUGUGUAUGGUAAUUCUGUUGUAGAUUAAAAAAAACUUACUUUUCUUUGAUCCUUUUUCUCAGUAACUUGUAAGGUUUAUUAUAUACAUUUUAACAUAUUAAUAUAAUCAAGAUAAAUAAGUGUGAUACAUUCCAAUAUUGUUUAUUUGUAUUGUGACAAUCAUAAAAAAAUAAUAUUC